AUGGAGAAAAAUGGUUGGUUAACUUUACCGGUAUCUCGUACUGCAUGCGGUAAAUCUAAUAUACCUGUUAUCAGAGACAUGUUUCUUGAUGCCAUGAAACAUCAUGACAGUGUCUUAUACGGAUACGCUAACGGCGAUAUAUCAUUUGACAAUGGCAUGUCCACUGCGAUUAAAUUUCUAAUGGAAAGUGAUCUUGUGCAUGUGGUUGUUGGUCGGAUCGGUAUUGGAAUGUGGAUUGUUUCUUAUGCUCGUGCUGUAAACGCAACGAUCAUCGACAUUACAAAAACUGUUAGAGCCAUUCACAUGACAACUAAGAGCGGAAACUUCGAGUCUCACUGGAAGCCUAACUCAAAAUGCAAUCACGAACUCUAUGCCAAAUACCAAGCCAAACCCUCCAAUUGGGGAUUGUGA